AGUUUACUCACAACACUCAACAUGGAUUUGGAAUUUUAUAGAAUCGUUUAAUAUAAUAAUUACUAGUAUUCGUUAAGCUUGUUUAAAGUUAACUUCCAAAGCGUUGUCGUCGAUCUAUUGUUGCAAAGUCUUCAUCGCAUGAGACGCAUAUAUUUGCCACAGAAAUGCACGGCAGUAUGAACUGGAUUCGCGAGCGGGAACGCUCUGCGGCGACAAGAGAUGUUUUAACUCGCAAUUUAUUUAGGUAACUGAAAUGAACAGAUUGUGGUAUUGUUAAGCCGCAAAAUGCCAUCCUCCAGUAUACCGGUCCCAGAUAGGGAUCUGGGAAAUUCUCCGUCUUCUCGAAAAAGUAACGUGGAGGAUUUACGAAGGCAUAACAACAAACUAAAGUCAGAUUUGGAAGCAGAGCGCGCGAAGGUUCGUCAGGUUUUGCGUGAUAAGUCUGCAGAGUUAAAGCGGAUCCAGGACGGAUUUGAAAAAGAAAAGCAAAGAGCCAUCGAACUAGCGACGAAACGACUACUUACUGAACAUGCGACAGAGCUAAAGAAAGCUCGAGAUAACACUGCCAAAGAGAAAGAUAACGAACUUAGACAAGUACUCAAAUUUAAGGAGGAAGAAGUUAAAACUAUGAGGCAACAAAUUACUGAUGAAAAGGAGAAAAAUAGACAUGCCGAGGAAGAGUUGAGAAGGGUUUUAGUCGAUAGGAGUAAAGAAGGAGAAGAUCAUUCUGAAGUAGAGCGAAAAUUACGCAACGAAAUUGCUACACUUAAAGAACAGAAGCAAAAGGCUGAGGAGAUAUAUCGAGCCAAAUGUUCGGCGGACAACGAAAAAGCUGAACUCAUUCGUCGCUUGAAAGCUGAUCAUGAACUCGAACUUCAAAAAUUUGUUAAAGACUCGAAACGUGAAUCGAUCCAUAGUUUACAACAGAGGAGGUUGACCGAGAAGGCAUUAGAAGAAAAGGAACAUGAAUUGGCUUAUAAGGAUCAUUUAGCAAAGAAACUCGAAGCCGAGAAGGACGACCUUCAAAGAAAAUUGUCUGGAGAUGUCGAAAUGGUGCGGCGAUCAAGUCUUCGAACAGGCGCUCCGUUUGAUUUAGGUGCCAGCGAUCGCUUGGACGAAAGUCCCGUUGUGCGAAAAGAUAAAGAACGAGAAUUAAAAAAGAAAAAUGCUGAGUUACAAUCAAAAGUGGAAAGCCUAGAGAAAAAGUGUGCAGUAUUGGAGAAAGAGAUGUCUAAGAGUGGAAACCUGAAAGCAACUUUUGUAGCAGAAGAAAAAAUAAAGAAACUUAAGAAAAGGAAUUCUGAGCUUGUGUCCAUUGCACGACAGUUAGAGGAAAAGGCAAAGAAACUUCAGGAAGAGAAAGUUCAGGCCCAAAAAUUGGUGGAGGAGAACAGUUCUAACAGUGCUGGUGUGGAGCAUGUGAAAAAGAUGUAUGCAAGACAGAGAGCCAAGGAUCUUGCUGAACAUGCCAAAGCAGUAUUGUCUAAAGAAAAAGAGCUGGAUGAACUGAGAAAAGAGAUAUUACCACAAAAGAAUGGUCCAGAUUUUCCGCAAGAAAAAGUAGAAGAGCUUCAAUCCAUAAUCCGUCAGUCAGCCAAGGAGAGGUUGUGGCUUGAGAGACAACUUUCAAAUGGGGAUUCUUCUCGUGAACCUAGCCCUCAACUACUGACAGGUGAUCUUGCUUCUGAAAUCAAGAAGAAGACUGAAAUACUUUGCAGGUUGGAAGAUGAGAACAAUAAUUUGAAAUCCUCAGUGGUACAACUGCAAAAAGCAGAGGCUGAAAGCUUGAAAUUGGCAGAGGAACUGAAGGAGAAAGAGAAGGAAAACCAUAAACUUGUGAGUGACUUGGAGGAAAAACAGACAAAAUGUUCCAAACUGGAACAUGAAAGAGAACGAUUUGCUGCCAAGUGCACCAUGCUUCAGAAGAAGAAUGCAGAAAUGACCAAAAAGAUGGCAGAAUUAGAAGAGAUGGAAGACGAACUCAGUAAUGUAAAGGAAAAGCUAGAGGUUUCAGAUGAAAAUUGUGGCCUACUUACAGAUGAGUGCAACAGAUUAAAACACCAGCUAGAAGGGCUUCUUCAUGUUAAGGAGGAUCUUAAGACCAUGGAGCAACAAAAGAAGACAAUAGAGAAGGAACAUCUUAGCAGUGUUGAAAAACUUAAGGAAAGAGAAGAAGAAAUUAGACAACUUCACAAGAUCCAGGAGGAAGCCAACCGAGCUCAUGAGAUGGCUGUGACAUCACUAGAAGAUACUGUGUGUAGUUUGGAACAGAAGUGUAUUGAGGCUGAAAAGAACAAUAUUAACCUCAAAAAAGAGAUGGAGGAAUUGAAACAGAUGGAAAGAAACAGUAAUAGAAGAAAAGAAGAAAUUUGUCACCGAUCAACUCAGACUACACUUGAAACAGUAAACAAAGAAAUUCCAGCUGUUGUGGAAGUUAAAGGCAUUGCAAUCAAAGGUCAGCCUUCACUUGAAGAAAGUCCACAACCACUUUGCAAACUUACUAGUGAUGCUACAGAUGUACUGUCAUCUCAGAUCAUGCCAACCAAGUCUGCUACUUAUGAAGCAAAGGUAGGUUCUCCCCACAUCAACUCUAGCAAGCCACAACCUGUAGGAAGAGAAGAGGCAAGCACUAAAGGUUCUGCAGCUCCAGCAUCAGAGGAUAUAUUAGAGUCACUGGCUUCAAGAAUUAAUCAGCUAGCAGCAUCUGAUAGUGAAGAUGAUCCAAUCAGCGAAAAAGCAUACGAGGAUCUAAGGGAUGACCAGGAAAAAGAUGAGAAACCAGAAAGACCAGAGGUGGAUUUUGAUGACUUGCAUUGGCGCAUUGAUCAAGCAGAAGCAGGUGAAGAUACCAGCAGCUCCAUCAGUACAAGGGAAAGAGCCUGCAGCGAGGCCAGUCAAGAUAUGGCCAGCAUGGCUGAAGGAGACCUAGGUGACUUGGAGGAUAAUCAGCCAGACAGCUCUGCUCCUGAAGAUGAACAGCCCGAGCACUCUGCACUGCAACCUAUUGGUAAACUGAAUGUGCAUAAUGCCAAGCCAGCAAGCAGUGAGGACAUUACAACAGAUACCAACAAUAGAUUCAAUGCUGAAGAGGAGGUACUGGACACGAAAUACCUUGAAGGAGACAACAGUGAUGCAGAUCCAGCUAUACAAGAGAAACUUGCUGUCUAUAUAGCAAGGUACAGUUAUGACCCUCAGCAAUACUCGCCAAAUGAGAAUCCUGAUAUGGAGCUGGCAUUCCAGGCUGGAGAUUAUUUGUAUGUCUUUGGCGAGAUGGAUGAGGAUGGGUACUUUUUGGGUGAAUUGAUGAAUGGCCAGAGAGGAUUUGUACCUUCCAACUUUGUGGAGAAAGUCGCAGAUGAAAUACUAGACAGCAGUGAUGAAGAAGAAACAGAUGAAGAGGAAAGCUUCUCGGAAGGUGGAGAAACCGAACUUGCAAUGCCGGGAGAAAAUGGCGAGCGGCAGAUGAAACCAGUGCGCAUGCUUAAGUUCUCUGGUAAACUUCAUCGUGCGUUACGCUUGUCAGUGGAACACAUCCCCGAUGUUGGACUACAGGACAUUGAGGAAGAAGAUGAAGAGGAUAUGCAGGAGGAAUCAGAAGGGGAACAUGACUCUGAAAAUGAAUUUGAUGAACAGGAUGGUUCGAAAGAAACUGAAUUUAACCAGGAUGGAAUCACGAGUGACGAGAUUGAUAUAAUGCCUCGCAGAGUUCCCUCCCCAAGGCGACUCCACCUUGAGCGUCAGUUUACCCGGAGCGUGCUCCUAAGCUGGAAACCCGCUGAUUUGUCUGCAGACCAAGUGAAAGGUUAUGGUGUGUAUGCGAAUGGAGAGCUACGACUUAUGAUCAAAGGAAGCAACAAGACUAAGGCGCUUCUGGAAGAUAUUGACCCCCAGGAGACAUACCGCAUCUCUGUACGCACCAUCACAACCCAGGGAGAGGAAUCAUCAGACCGCUCAGCUGUAGUGACUAUUGGCAAAGACGCAAACUUUGCUCCCAGUCACGUGCAUGUCACGUGCAUUUCUCCCACGUCAGCGAAGAUUGAGUGGUCGCCUGGCAACAGUUCAUUGAGCCACGAAAUCCUUCUCAAUGGGGACCUCUAUAGAACAGUUCGCCCUGGAACCUUCCAGCACACAAUCAGUAAUCUUGAACCGGAUCAGUUGUAUAAGGUUCAUAUACGUGCCAAGGAUCCCAAGCGAGUGUCAAUUGCCGAUCGUGAAGGGGAUAUCGAAGUCGAUCUGUUGACAGCUGAAGCAGAAUUUAGAACUGAACCAGGAGGUCUGCCAGAUCCCCCUCUCGAUGUGGAAGCUACCCCAGGCCAAUCAAACUCACUUGAUGUCAACUGGAUUCCAGUGACAAUUACAAACAAAGGUACCUCAAACGGCGCUCGCGUGACAGGAUACAAAGUUUACAUCAACGGCUUUCUAUGUACGGAAGUCACAUCUCCUACAGCAGAUUGCGUGACAGCCGUGUCAUGGAUGGUCGAACGGGGGAGCAAGAGAAGUGACAGCGGUGAUCUUCGUGUUAUUGUCAGAACUCAGUCUUGUGAGGGCGAGUCAGCGGAUUCAAAUGAAGUUGCCCUGCCCGUAGAUAUGUUUAACUUCAAGGUAAAUCAGGUUAUAAAACCCAAAGAAACUGAGCAGGUAUCACAGAGAAAUGAUAUGUUGCUAGAAAUAUCUGCUGUCGAAGAUUACGAAAGCCACGAAGGCUCAGCUAACUUGGCGAAUGGUGAGCUGGUUUCUGACGGUUCAAGGGAACGAGCCGAUAGCGUAAGACGCUUCAGUAUGGGCGAGAAUGGACAGCCACAGGUAGUUUUAGUUGAAGACAUUGCCAAACAUACUAAGGACGAUUCUGGUCCUCUUGCGCAGCCCCGAACCAAGGGAGAACCGGUUGUAUGGAAAUACGAGGCCGAAGAUGAAUCAGAAACUGCGGAUAGUAUCACGAAAAGCGAAGGAAGAAGUGGAUCUGAAGACGAAGACGAAGACGAAGACGAAGACGAUGAAGAAGUUGAGAUUUGUAUACCAGACGAUUCGGACGAUAAGGAGCCAGCUGUUCACACAAAGACUGUAGUGAAUGUGGAAGAACAAGGAUAUCAACGGCUUGAAGAGAGUAACGAUGACAUCGAAGCGGAAACCGGAGCUCCCGAGGACGAGCAACAGUUUGUUGAAGAAAAACAAGCGCUUUCUGGCGAAGAAGUGUCAGAAACGCAAGAGAAUUCUUCAAGAACUAGAAAGGAGAGCGGAACGUCUUUGGAAAGUGACCUGGACAUGGAAGAAUUAGGACAGUCAUUGGAAGAAGCGCAAAAUAUUCAACGAACAAGUCCCGAGGGGAGGGAGAGCGAGGAUAGAAUGCCUUACAUUAGGCCACUAGAGUAUGACGAGAGUGACUUUGAAAGUGAAUCAAGCGAACAGGCCCCGCUUUCCAUAAUUCAGGAAGAAGACGAGGAAGACUUGUCGGAAGAGAUACAUUUUCCGCGCUCACACUCGGCCUCCGAGGGUUUCGAGAGCGACGAUGAUGUCAUGGAUUUACUCGACGAUGAGCAAGUUUGGGAUCAAUCGUCAGGACGCGUCGACUUCGAAAGCGGUUGUAAAGUAUCGCAAAGAGAAGGUCCUUCGGCGGUGAACAUCAAUAAAACGUCUGAGAGUCAAGGCUUUGGAAAAUAUUUAGCUAACAGUGACCAGCUAAGAACAACCGCUGCUCACGAUUCACCUUACAGACUUGUGGAUAACAUAAAGCUUUCAGAAAGCGAAGGAGAAUUGGUGGACAACGAUGGCAUCGACAUCACCUACAGUGACACUGAGGCAGACCGAGGUGGAUUAGAAACGAGUUUGACUCCGCUGGAUGGACAGUAUGGGGAAGGAAUGACACGGGAAGAAAUACCUCAACAUCCUGCGUAUGACAAAGCUGCGCCCUCUGCGGAGGGACAGGCGCCUUCUGAUCAAGGAUACGUGGGCGAAGGGGCUUCGGAGGAGCAAGUGCGUGUGUUCUUAGCCCUUUAUGAUUAUGACCCUGCUACGAUGUCACCGAAUCCCGAUGCUGAAGAGGAAGAGCUGACGUUCAAUGAAGGAGACUUGAUAAAGGUUUACGGCGACAAGGAUGAAGAUGGCUUUUACUGGGGCGAACUGAACGGGAAAGCGGGGUAUAUUCCAUUCAACAUGGUAUCAGAAGUUCCUCUGGACGACGAAGAGUCCGGUAGUAAUGUCACGGCGCCUUACCUGAGCAUGACCCAGGAAUCUGACACUCAGCCCCAGUCCCUCGAGAAAGCUUCCCGUGCAGAGGAGACCGAAGCCGCUUCUAACGCGUCUGACAAAUUGCUUGAGGAAGUAAUCCUAGAAGAUGGCGAAGAAUUUGAGGACCCGAGAGCGAGUGACAAUUAUCAGCUGCCACCCAGGAGAAUGGUAGCUCUGUUUGAUUAUGAUCCACAGACUCUGUCGCCCAACCCUGAUAGUGAGGUUGAACUUAAGUUUAGAGUUGGUGAUAUAAUUUAUGUAUACGGUGAUAUGGACGAGGAUGGUUUCUUUACAGGUGAGCUUCGUGGAAUUCGGGGACUGGUGCCUUCGAAUUUUCUCGAAAGUUUGUCUGAUCCGAUGGAGGAGUCUCACCCCGACACAAGUAACGACAGCUAUGAGUCUCCCGUGGAUUCCUCAGACAAGUAUAACUCACCCAAUGGUACUUACAGCGUUCCAGAUGACACGCCCAAAAAGAAGAAGGGAAUCUUUUCCAAAGGAAAACAAAUGUUUAAAAAGAUCGCCAAAGGACACAAUUCGCCUCGAGGGAGCAGUUCCAAAAGAUAGCGCUGCUCAGCUAGCCAGCUGCUUUUAGUUAUUGAAGUGAUCAAAUGAACGAAAUUUAGUUUUAUAGCUUUCAGAGAAGUCCAAUUUUGUAUACGGGGUGUAUUUUAUCCAGUGUAAACGGGUUUACUACUGUAUAUGUAGGCUUGGCCCUUAAUUUAUAAAAACCCGAAGAGUUAUAUCGGGUGCUUCCCUUGAUAUGGAAGUUAUUUACGUGCUUUUCAGUCGGUCAAGGCUAUGGCAGAUGCUUGUUAUACAUACUCGCGCGCAUUUUGAAAUUUUUUCACCGAACGUUACCGAUUUGUUCUCAUUCAUACACAAAAUAACGGACGCAUUUAGUUCUUACUCUACUGAUAACUUGUCUAAACUUUUAAACUUGAAAUCCGAAAUGUUUAUAUGUAAUAUAUCUGGUUGAACAAUGACCGAUUUGUAAAUGUGACGCCAAGUUAGCCUUAUAUUAUAUUGUAUUGUAUUUCCGAAAAAAGUGUUAUGUUAGCCAUUAUCAUAUAAUUUAUUUAGCAGAGUUGUAUACCAGUGUAGUCACUUACAGUCGCCAUUAAAUACUAUUUUGCGGAGAA